AUGGCGCCGACCUUCGAGCACCUUCGCGAGGCCGACCUCGACGAUGACGAUUACAACGAGGACGAGAUCGACGUGUCGGAUCUGCGCGAGCGCUUCGAGGUUCAGUUGGAGCAUGGCUACGACACAUUCGUGGUCAUUGAUGGCCUGCCCAAGGUUACAGAAGACCAGAAGCCAAAGUUGGUUAAGUUCUUGUUGCGCAAACUGAACACUGUGGGGACGACCCGGGAGGAUUUGAUCUACAUGCCCAUGGGUGAAGAUGGCAAGUCUCUGAGCUUUGCUUUCGUCGAGUACUCCUCGGCCGCCGAGGCUGCCGCCGCCACGCGCCAGCUUGACAUGGUUCCUCUCGACAAGAAGCACACACUGCGUGUCAACAAAAUGACUGACAUUGAGCGAUACGGACGCGAGGGCCGCAUCGACGAGACCUACCAACCCCCCAAGAUCGACGAAUUCACUCAGAAGGAACAUCUCAAAUGGUGGCUCAAGGAUCCUUCAGGCCGUGGCCGUGACCAGUUUGUCUUGUUCCGUGGCGACAAUGUCGGAGUUUUCUGGAACAAUGAGAAGGAUCAGCCCGAGGGCGUGGUCGAGCGUCCCCACUGGACCGAGACCUUCGUGCAGUGGUCGCCAAAGGGUACCUACCUGACCUCUGUUCACGCUCAGGGUGUGCAGCUGUGGGGUGGCCAGUCCUGGUCUCGCCAGGCUCGCUUUGCCCACCCCUACGUCAACAUGGUGGCCUUCUCGCCUGGCGAGAAGUACAUGGUUACUUGGUCCAACCGCCCCAUUUCCAUUCCUGACGAGGGACACCCUGCGCUUUCCAUUGACGACGAUGGUAAGAACUACGUUAUCUGGGAAAUCACCACCGGUACUCCUCUGCGCUCGUUCGCCAACUUGGAUCUGGCCAAGCCCGAGGAGGGCCGCCCUCCCCCAAAGCUGCAGUGGCCCGCUUUCAAGUGGUCCGCUGACGACAAGUACGUUGCGCGUCUCAACCCCGGCCAAUCUAUCUCCGUCUACGAACUUCCCCGGAUGAACCUCCUCGACAAGACCACUGUCAAGAUCGACGGCGUUGUGGACUUUGAUUGGGCCCCGGCCACAGUGCAGCGCGAUGGUGUCAAGGAAUACGAGCAGCUCAUUUGUUUCUGGACCCCUGAAAUUGGUAGCAACCCAGCCAAGGUCGGCUUGAUGAGCAUUCCUUCCAAGGAAAUUGUGCGGUCACUCAACCUUUUCAGUGUGAGCGAUGCGAAGCUGCAUUGGCAAUCCGAGGCAGCAUACCUGUGCGUCAAGGUGGACCGUCACUCCAAGUCCAAGAAGUCGCAGGCUACCACAUUGGAGAUCUUCCGUGUGAAGGAGAAGGGUGUCCCCGUCGAGGUUGUCGACACCAUCAAAGACACUGUCAUCAACUUUGCCUGGGAGCCCCGCGGUGCCCGUUUCGCCAUUAUUUCUACGACCGAGCCUGUCGGGCCUACGGCUGUCGCGCCAAAGACUGCUGUGUCGUUCUUCUGCCCCGAGAAGACCAAAGGAACAACGACCGGUAACUUCAAGCAUCUCCGGACACUGGACAAGAAGAACAGCAAUGCUAUCUACUGGGCACCUCGUGGGCGUUUCGUUGUGAUUGCCACGGUCCACAACCAGCAAAGCUCCGACUUGGACUUCUUUGACCUUGACUUUGAGGGUGAAAAGCCCGAGUCAGACAAGGAUCUGACUGCCAACCUCCAGCUGAUGAACACGGCGGAUCACUACGGCGUGACCGAUGUCGAAUGGGACCCCUCGGGUCGCUUCGUCGCGACUUGGGCGUCUGUGUGGAAACACACUAUGGAAAAUGGUUACCACAUCUACGACUUCAGGGGCGAGGCUCUCCGCGAAGAGCCUGUUGACAAAUUUAAGCAGUUUUCAUGGCGCCCCCGCCCCGCUACUCUUCUCACCAAGGAAGAGCAAAAACAGAUCCGCAAGAACCUCCGCGAAUACAGCCGCACAUUUGAUCAGGAAGAUGCCGAUCGCGGUGCCUCUGCGGAUCUUGCUGUGGUCGAGGCGCGCAGGCACUUGCUCAACGAGUGGUACGAGUGGCGCGAGAACAUGGAGGCAGAACUGGCCGAGGAGAGGGAGCGCGCUGGUCUACCCAAGGACCCUCACACACACUUGUUGGAGGCCAAGACCAAGACGCUGCAAGUGGCCGACCAAGAGCAGGUGGUGGAGGAGAUUGUGGAGGAUGUACUGGAGGAGACCGAGGAGGUUGUGGUUGGUUAA